AUGGGAAGAAAAAAAGUAAGAAGGGCAAAAAUUAAGAAACCUAGAACUAUUUUACCAUUAGAAAAAAGAUUUGCUUGUCCUAAAUGUAAUCAAGAUUCUGUUGUGCAAUGUAAAGUUAUUAAACACCAGUCUAAAGGAUAUGCAAUUUGUACUGUGUGUCAAGCACAAUUUAGAUGUGAAGCAAAUAAUCUUACUAAUCCUAUAGACAUUUAUUCAGAGUGGAUUGAUGAAUGUAAUAAAUAA